UUAAGAUGAAGCCGAAGAGGAGUGGGUUCGCCUCUCGCUCAUUCCGGUCGCUUCAAGGCCGGUGGGACUUGAUGAAGCCGGCAUGUGCGCGUUGGAGUGCCGCCAUGGACCAAGUGAUGGAUGCGCCGCCGAGUGGCACCGUGGAGAGUGACUAUGAGAAGAUUGCCGGCUUGAGGUACAAGGAGAUGGCCGGCUCCAAGGGCAAAGAAUUCCCAUUCAAGCAUGUUUGGUCAAUUCUUCAAACAUAUGACAAGUGGAAGUUGAGAGAUGAUGAAACCGCACCGAAGAAGUCCGCAAUGCUUGACAUGGAUGAUCCGGAAGUUGAGGAGAGGAACUUGAACAAGCCCGAGGGAACCAAGAAGGCCAAGCUUAGGGUGAAGAUGGAAGGAGAGGCGGCUAGCCUAAGGGAGAAGAUGGAUCAUAUGAUGAAGGCAAGAGAGGCUUUGGCAACCAAGACGUUGGAGACAAAGCUUCUCAUCACCGAGCAAAAGAAGGUGGUCAAGCUUGCACACAUUGAAGCAAAGCGUGAGGAGGCAGCCCGCAAGGCCGACUUGGAGGAGAGGAUGCUCAAGGUGAAAGAAGCAAAGGUAUGGAAAGAACUCAUGGUGGAAGAGAAGGAGCACAUGAUGAUGUGCAAGAAAGACAUGGAUGAAGAGCAAUUGCAAUGGUGGAAGGAGUACAAGGAGGACAUCGCCGAGAGGAAGAGGAUGUUCCGAGGGUCCUCCUCUACCUUUGUAGUUGACACUACCAUGAGCGAUGGCGGUGUCGACAACUCGCAUGAUGGUGGGGUUUGAUGGUGGUGGAGUGGCCUAGCAUAUGGCACCGACGUGUAAUUUUUUGGUGAUGGUGCCAAUGAGAUGGGCAAGAUGAUGAUUAUGUGAUGUAAAAACUACUAAACCAUGCAUCCAUGAUUAUUACUUUUGUAGUAUGUUUGAUGAUUCAUUGUGUUUUUGUGUCAUAUUGUGAUGAAUAUGUGACAGG